AGCCGUUUUGACCUCAGACGUGGGCGUUCGACCGCCCUUAGGGCGUCAAACAGCGCUUAGGGCAGGCGGCCAAAAGGGGCGACGGUUUCGGGACGCUUUGGGCCUUCGGGGGAGUGAUGAUGUGCUGCUGCGAGGCUGGUUCCGGGGAUGCGGUGGAGAGUAUCUACGCGCUGAAGCCGGACCCUUUGCGCGAGGAGGGCAUUCUGGGCCUGGAUCAGACGCAGGAGUCCCCGCGGCCACCGCACUCUUUGGCCAAGGGAGGGAAAGUCAUCGUCACCUUCGAGCGCCCGGAUGGCUCUGAGAAGGAUGUGAUCUUCCAGUACCGGCCCUUGGGCAUGGACUGCAGCGGCCAGGAGCCCAUCGUGGUGCAGCGGGUGCGGCUCAUGAGCCCAGCAGACCGGGCGGAGGUGAAGGUGAACUGGGUGGUGCGUGCAGUGGAUGGCAUCCGCACCCCUGGGUCUCUGCUCUCCCUGAUGCAGGCCAAAUCCAGCCUGCUGCCGCAGGAGCCGAAGCAGCAAAAGGUGGUGCUGAAGUUCCUCGUCUCCGGUGAAGAGAGCCAGGAGUUCGAUCUGGACUUUCAGUACCAGCCAUGGGGCAUCAUGUUCACCAAGUCGGUGCCCUUUCGCGUCAAGCACGUGCGGCCGGGCUCCUACAGCGAGCGCCUGGGGGUGAUGAAGGGCUGGACGCUGCUGAAGGUGGAUGCCGAGGACAUACCCGAGAGGCUGGCUGAAGCCAUGGACCUCAUCCAGGCAAAGGUGGCGUCUCUGGAGGAGCUGCCGCAGAUCGGCUCCGUUCGGGCGGGGGCGGUGAAUGAGAGCCCCGCCUUCCUCGGGUAGGCCAUGGGUAGAGUGGGUUUCACCCGGACACGCAGUUUUCAGGCAGCGCCCGAAACCAGGGCCUUAAGGAGGCUCAACCCCCCUGAAGUCCCCUGGAAGUGUCGGCUUUGGGGCUCGGAGUGCACGGGCGUUGCGCACGUACCUCGAGCAGACGUCUCGGGUCUGGGUAUUGCGGGCAU